CGGGGGAGAAGGGGAACUCGCCCCCCCGAGGGGGGGAAACCGGCCGAAAGUUCUGGCCGGAGCUGCGGCGGGGAAAGCGGGGGAGGGGGCCGGGCCAGGCAGCCCCCCUGCUCAGAGAGAUGGCCGCCCAUCCCGACGCCGAUAAUAGUUGGGUCCUGGCGGGCUCGGAGGGGUUGCCCGUGGAGACGCUCGGGCCGGGGGACGCCCCGGAGACCCCGGCCAAGCCGGACCCGGCCGCAACCGCCCCCAUCUCCUCCGAGAGGGGAGAGCCGGGACCUGCCACUGCCCCAGCCCCGGAGGCCGCCACAUCCGAGGAGGCCGGGGGUGCGGGCGUCAGCGCCGAGACCCCCGCGGCCGAGGGCCAGUGGCCGAAGGGAGAAGCGGAGGAGGAGAAGGAGGAGGAAGAGGAGGAGGAGGGACAGAGAUUCUCUGAUGUUGGGAAAGCUGGCCAGCCGACGACGGAGGCCGAGCCGCCCGGUUACUCGAGCAGCGAGGACGACGUGGAAGGGCUGCGGAGACGCCCGGGCCGAGCGCCCGCCCCGCCGCUUCUCCCGACCCCCCGGCCCCGCGCCUCGCUCGAGGACGCGGGGGAGGGGGCGGGGGACUGGGGCCUGGGGGCCUGGCUGACCCCCGAGACCCUGGGGGCCGCGGCCCUGCUGGGCCUGGGGCUGCUGGUGUUAGCAGGAGGAUUGUCAGAAAGCAGUGAUGGCGGCGAGGCCCCGGGCCCGGUGGAGCCCCUGCCCCCGUGGAGCGACUCCGUGCCCGACUCCCGACAGGCCGUGGGGGACGCCAAGGCCCGCGCCCUCCCGGUUGAGCCCGAGGGGCUCCGGUCGCUGGACACCCUGCUGGACCGUCUGGCCCGCGAGAGCCAGGACAUUCGGCUGAUGCAGGCCGAGCUGCAGGCCCAGAAGGAGGAGCUGCAGGGGCUGCUGCUGCAGAGGAAGACGGGCCAAGGGCCCGAGGCGGAGGCGGAGGCGGAGGUCCGCAGGCUGCGGGAGGCCCUGCGGCGCCAGGGGGAGGCCCAGCGGGCGCUGGAGGCCGAGGUCCGGGCGCUGCGGAGACCCCCGGAGACCCCCGGGGGGCCCGCCCCGCCGCCGCCCCUGUGGGGCCCACACCGCCCACCCGGAGGCUGCUCCGGCGUCUCCGACUGCGCCCGGCGCGAAGGCCUGGAGCAGGCCGGGGUGGCCCUGGAGCCCGUGAGGGCCGAGGCCUUCCGGGCGCUGCUGGCCGAACACCUGGGCGGGCUGGGCUGGGUGCGGGAGCCGGCCCGCCUGCUGGACCGCCUGCUGCCCGCGCCCGCCGACCCCGCCGACGGCCCCUUCGGGCCCGACGGCCUCUUUCGCCACGACCGGCGCCGCUUCUGGGACUUCGUGGACCGGCUGGAUGACGCCCUGGAGGACCUGGCCCGGGAGCAGACGGGAGACGAGGACGCCGCCGGAGACUUCGAGGGCUUCGUCUUCCGCCGCAUCCUGGGCCGGGGCCAGCCCGCGAAGAGGUGGGCAAAGAAGAAAGCCAAGAAGGAGAAAAAGGAUCGGUCCCCCUGGAAGCACAAGGAGGAUCGCUCCUCCUGGAAGGACUGGGAUGGGCAGGGCCCCUGGAAGGACAAGGAUGACCAGUCCUUCUGGAAGUCCCCCUGGAAGAAUAAGGAGGGUCGGUCCCCCUGGAAGGACAAGUAUGGUCAGGGCCCCUGGAAGGACAAGGAGGAUCGGUCCCCCUGGAAGAACAGGGACGGUCAGGGGCCCCGGAAGGACAAGGACGGUCAGGGCCCCUGGAAGGACAAGGAGGAUCGGUCCCCCUGGAAGAACAAGGUCGGUCAGGGGCCUUGGAAGGACAGGGACGGUCAGGGCCCCUGGAAGGACAAAGACGACCGGUCCCCCUGGAAGAACAAGGACGGUCAGGGCCCCUGGAAGGACAAGGAAGGUCAGGCCUCCUGGAAGGACAAGGAAGGUCGGUCCCCCUGGGAGGACAAGGAAGACGGGGCCCCCUAGAAGGACUCGAAGGCUCGGUCUGGUCCUGGCCCCUGGGUUGGGGGGGGUGGGCAUAGGCCCAGAAGAGGGGGAAGAGAGAGUCCUCUGGGCUUUGUACCUGUGGAAGUCAGGGUGGGGAAGCAGUCCUGGAUACAAAGGUCCUUGGAAGUUCCAUGCAAGCCACAUGCAAACACUAUGCAAAUCAUCCCACCCACACCUGCUGGCCUGGACCCGGCUCGGGACCUUUGAGCCCUCUUGGCCGCCCCCGGGGGUUCCUUCUUGUUCCUCCCUUCCCCUGGUCCCUCAUUCUGCCCCACCAUCCAAUAAAGCGAGGUUAACAAGGGA